AGGGCUGACCAUGACACAACACACAAAGUCUCAUCAUGUGAAUCGUGUUUACCUUUGUACUCAAGUGGCAAGGAAAUAACUGAUGAGCAAAGUGCAUAAAAGUGGGAACAAAUCUGGAGUUUGGUUCAUUUCACUGAUUUGUAAGCAUAAAGGAUAGCAAAUAGCAUGCUGUGAAGGACACAAAUGAUCCAAGAUUUAUUGAAGAUUACCAUGCACACUGUAUAUCUGUAAAAAGAUACAAUACAAUAUAAAGGUAAUAAUUUGAUGAUGGCUGUUAACAUCCCUGGACUUGUGGCAGUAUUUAUGUUUUACCUAUUCAUUCUUGGAAUUGGUAUUUGGGCUUCUCGGAAAUCAAAGCGUGAAGAGAAAAAAUGCUCUGGAGAUAAAAGUGAAGUGGCCAUGGUUGGAGGCAGGAACUUGCAACUUUUAGUUGGCAUCUUCACAACUACGGCAACAUGGGUUGGAGGAGGUUUUAUCAAUGUAAUCGCUGAAGCAGUAUAUCUUCCACAGUUGGGACUAAUCUGGACACAGGCACCCAUAGGUUAUUCUAUCAGCCUUAUAGUUGGAGGUCUGGUCUUUGUUAAACCCAUGAGAUCCAAGCAGUAUGUUACCAUGUUGGAUCCAUUUCAGAUCUACUUUGGUAAUACCAUGAGUAGUUUACUCCUUAUCCCAGCUUUAUUCGCAGACAUAUUUUGGUCAGCAGCUAUUCUUGCAGCAUUGGGUGCCACGCUGUCUGUGAUUUUGGAUAUUCCAAUCUAUGUGUCCAUUAUUUUAUCUGCUUGUGUGGUUAUUUUGUAUACAUUGCUGGGUGGUCUUUACUCAGUGGUAUACACCGAUUUGAUACAAACAUUUUUUAUUGUAAUUAGCCUGUGUUGUUGUGUGCCUUUUGCCAUUAUGAAUCCAGCAGUUGCAGACAUUAAAUACACCAUGUUAAAUGAACUCUAUCAGAAACCCUGGUUGGGAAAACUGGAAGUGAACCAUAUCGGUCGAUGGAUUGAUGAUCUCCUUUAUCUGAUUCUGGGAGGAAUUCCCUGGCAGGUAUAUUUUCAGAGAGUGCUUGCUGCUUCAUCAGUUCCUCAAGCACAGAUAACAUCUUAUGUGGCUGGCAUCUUCUGCUUUAUUUUGGCUUUGCCUUCCAUCAUUAUUGGGGGAGUUGCAGUUUCCACAGACUGGAAUCAAACUAGCUAUGGUUUACCAACUCCCAAUGAAAGACAGGAAUCAGGCAUGAUAUUACCAAUUGUUCUGCAGCAUCUGUGUCCAGGUUACAUAUCUAUAUUGGGAAUUGGUGCCAUUUCAGCAGCAGUUAUGUCAUCUGCAGAUUCUUCACUUUUAGCAACAAGUUCAAUGUUUUCACGCAAUAUCUACAAGAAAAUCAUUAGGAAAAAGGCUGCUGAUAAUGAAGUGAUAUGGGUUAUGAGGAUGACAAUAAUUCUCUUUGGAGCUGCAGCGACCACCCUGGCAAUUCUAUCCCAGUCUAUUUAUGGCCUGUAUUUCCUGAGUGUAGAAUUGAUUUAUGCAGUUUUAUUUCCACAACUUGUCUGUAUUCUCUUUGUGCCACAGACAAAUGCAUAUGGAUCAGCUGCAGGAUAUAUUAUUGGGCUCACAAUGAGGAUACUAGCUGGUGAAUCUUUCCUUCAAAUUCCACCUUUCAUUCAAUAUCCAGGCAUGUUCUUCAAGGAUGGAAAGUAUGUGCAGUUAUUUCCAUUCAAAACAUUCACAAUGUUGCUGUCCUUACUUUCUAUUGUAAUAUUCUCACAUCUGGCCUCAUUUUUAUUUAAGAACAGACUGCUGGAAAAAAAAUUUGAUGUGUUCAAAAUUACUGACAAAAUGCCUUCAUCACCAGAGGAACAAAUUGUUUUACAUGAUAAACCAGGCCCAGAACCUGACCGGAAACAACUGUAGAAUUUACCAAAUUAACAGAUUUACAAGUGCCGUUCACAUGAUAGUGUCUCAAAAUCAUUAGUGUUUCAAUUAUAUGAUCAACUACUUACCUACCAUUUACCAAUAUCAAGUAGAAAUCUUAUCAAGCUCUGUAGUUAGAUCCUGUUUCACUGAGCAAACUACGGCUAUGGGUUUUAUCCUCUUUCAGCUUGUUUCCCACUCACUAAGGAAUAUCUGGAGCAAUGAUAACGUAAUAAUGUAAUAAUAAUAAUCCUUGCAUUUGAUACAGCUUCUUAUCAUGUUAAGAACUAGAACAGGUUACCAGGAAGGGUGGUUGAGGCCAGGACACUGAUUUCAUUUUAGAAAUGGCUUAAUGCUGUUACACGAUGAUGAGGGUAGAAUGAGAUCAAAUGGGCUGAAGGGCCUUCUUCAUCUGAAUCUGUCUUGUGACCACUACAGUUAUUGGUUUCCUUCCUUUUGGAGAGAGACAGGAAUAAUUAUCAUAGAAAUGCACAAGAUGACAGUACAGAAGGGUUGCAUUCAGAUAAUUUUAUUUUUUAAUUUGUUUCACCCACAGUCAGUCAGUCAAUACAUUUUACAUUCAUUUAUUAACAAAAGUGAGGUUUCUAUGACAUGGGGAGUUACAUUUAUAUUCUGUGAAGUGCUUUGAUACGUCAUGACCAGGUGUUAAGGCGCUAUGUCAAAUCAAGGAUUAUUAUUAUUUUAUCUAUAGGGUUGUUAUUGAUAUUGUUAUUGGUGUUUUUAUUCCAAUUAAAUAUUUGAUUCAAAGGACACAGAUUAGUUUGGUAAUAUGGUGUUUUGAAAUUAUUUUAAUCUUACAAUAAAGAGUUAGAUUUUCUGUGUA